UUUUCGCGAAAAAUGGCCAAAAUUGGCGACAGGGCCCUGUUCCACGCCUGUAGAAAGUAACAAGAAUGCGAGUGAGUGCGCGAGGACGUCGUGAAGCUGGCUGGUGAUCUGUUUUGUGUAGAGAUUUGCUCCCAAAUAGAAUGACCUUCUAACCGACAAGCCUCCCAUGGCGACUUUAUUCAUUCUGGCAGCUGGACUGGCCAGACUGGAGAGAAUGGCCACGACAACGAACAUACCAUCCAGCGUUGAACAACGAAGGCGUACAUCUUGGCGUAAGCGCUUGCAACAGGGGUUGCAAAGUCACCCCUUUUCGCAAAAAAUGACGAAAACUGGUUCAUUUUUCGCGAGAAGAUCAGGCCCUUGGAGAACACGCAACGCGUUUGAGAUGAUUUUCCUUAAACUAUUCACCCCUAUAUUGAAAGACUAUGCAUGACAUGCAUUGUUGCUUUUGAAGUAAUUAAAUGAUACUUGUCUUGAACAACAAUU